CUGUUAAAGCAGUCGCGGGGCCGCGCCCACAUUCCGGUCAGCGGGAGGGAAGCGGCGCCAUGUCGGAGCCGGAGCGGCUGGAGAACCACCGCAUCCGGAACUUCAAAAACAAGGGCCGCGAUGUCGAGACUAUGAGAAAACAGCGAAAUGAGAUCACGGUUGAAUUACGCAAGAAUAAGCGAGAUGAACACUUGCUAAAGAGACGAAAUGUGCCUCAGGAGGAGGGUCUUGAUGACUCUGAUAUUGACGGUGAUUUCAGAGUUCAAUCAAUCACAUUGUCGGGGAUUGUGCAGGGAGCUUCGAGUGACAAUCCCGUGGUACAGCUCAGUGCAGUUCAAGCAGCCAGAAAACUUCUGUCAAGUGACAGGAACCCACCCAUUGAUGACUUAAUCAACUCGGGAAUCUUGCCAAUCCUUGUGCAAUGUCUUGAAAGAGAUGAGAACCCUUCACUCCAGUUUGAAGCAGCAUGGGCAUUGACCAACAUAGCAUCAGGAACAUCAGCACAAACACAGGCUGUAGUCAAAGCUAAUGCUGUGCCUUAUUUCCUAAGGUUGUUGCACUCACCACAUCAAAAUGUCUGUGAACAAGCAGUUUGGGCCUUGGGGAACAUAAUUGGUGAUGGACCUCAGUGUAGAGACUACGUCAUCAGUCUAGGAGUGAUAAAGCCCCUGCUCUCAUUUAUUAAUCCUUCUAUCCCAAUCAGCUUUUUAAGGAAUGUCACAUGGGUAAUUGUAAAUCUGUGCAGAAAUAAAGACCCAGCACCACCAGGAGAAACAAUUCAGGAGUUGCUACCAGCUUUGAGCGUAUUAAUACAACACAGUGACACAAAUAUUCUAGUUGACACGGUCUGGGCUCUCUCCUAUUUGACAGACGGAGGAAAUGAACAAAUUCAAAUGGUGAUAGAUUCUGGUGUUGUACCCCAUCUAAUUCCACUUCUUAGCUGCCAAGAGGUCAAAGUUCAGACAGCUGCACUGAGAGCUGUGGGUAAUAUCGUAACCGGCACUGAUGAGCAGACACAGAUCAUAUUGAAUUGUGAUGUACUCUCCCACUUCCCAAACCUUCUCACUCACCCAAAGGAAAAGAUCAAUAAGGAAGCAGUGUGGUUCCUUUCAAAUGUCACAGCUGGAAACCAGCAGCAAGUGCAGUCGGUCAUUGACGCUGGGCUCAUUCCCAUGAUCAUUCAUCAUCUCACCAAAGGAGAUUUUGGGACUCAGAAAGAAGCAGCAUGGGCCAUCAGUAACCUGACAAUUAGUGGGAGAAAGGAACAGGUUGAAUAUCUCGUACAGCAGAAUGUUAUCCCUCCUUUCUGUAAAUUGCUUGGUGUGAAAGAUCCUCAGGUGAUUCAGGUGGUUCUUGAUGGUCUAAAUAACAUUCUGAAAGUGGCUGGUUCUGACACGAAUACUUUAGUUGAAAUGAUAGAGGAGUGUGGAGGACUUGAAAAAAUUGAAGGUUUGCAACAGCAUGAGAAUGAGGACAUCUAUAAGCUUGCCUUUGAGAUCAUCGACCACUACUUUUGUGGUGAAGAGAUUGAUGAAGAUCCCUGCCUUAUUCCUGAAACUACGCCUGGAGGAACUUUCAACUUCAACCCUCCUACAGAUAUUCGGUCAAAGGAGUUUAACUUUUAAAUGUUCACUCAGUCUGAAGAUAGAAAACAGAGAGUGAUUGGUCACCUAUCAAUCAAUGUGUUUGUAAAAAUGUAAAAAGCAACGUCUGACUUAGAAUACUGGCUUGCAAAAAAGAAGUGCAGCUGUCUGCACACCAGACAGAUCUUCCAGUCACAAAGAACAAAGCUGCUUUUAUGUCUCUGCUAACCAGCAGGAUGUCCUUCGCUGUUCCCCGCACUAACGUCUGUGAUGCAAUGACUGUGGUACAUCCAGACAUGGUGCUGAAACCUAUCCUGCUCGAACAAUCUAAUGGACUGUGUCUCUGUCUUUGGAGAUGGACAGUGAAGAAAAUAUACAACUCCUUAUUACUCUUGUUUUCUUUUCCUUUCAUUGUUGUGGAAGCUUCUGCCUUUCCUGUAUAGUUCCUUUGUCUUCAUCCAGCUCCCUAUUACUGAGACUACUUAAAAUGCCAUGAAAAGAAAACCUAAUAUUACAGUCCUGGUUUUGUGAGUUUGUAUGUAUCAUAGGAGGCUUAAAAUGGUGGGAAAAAUCCAGAUCUAAUGCAACAAUAUCACCACACACACAAAAUUUCCAGUAACCACUGUACUCUAAGUUUGGAUAUGGUUCUCUGGAUAUUCUCAAAGCUCUGCAAAAUUUGUUCCUCUUUAUUUUGUGAGACUCACCGUAAAGGUGCUGAGAUUGUUUUCUGCGACUGUAUUCACCUGUAGAGAUGUCUUUCAAAAUUAUGGAAUUAAUACUGUAACUUUUGGAAACUUUUCAACGCAGCAGAAAGUAUUAAUAUUCAGAUGUGAAGACAGUCAGCUCCCAGGAGUUCUGCACCUUUAAUCUACCGCCUAACUCAGACUCCCUUCCUGAGAGAUUUUGCAUUUGACUCGUGUGCACUAUGGUAUUUAUAAGUACCCUUCCAAGCUGGUGUGCAUUUUAGCCUCACUGAUAAAACUCCACAGCCAUUUGAAGUAUUGAUGUGUUACUGCAUGAAACUGGUGUAUAUAUAAAGUUUCUCACAUUCAGUGUCACAUUUUUAUACCAGAUGCCUCAAUUCAUUUUAAUAAUUAAAGAAUCAUUAAUGUUAAUUGCAAAACUAGGACUUAAAGUGCUGCCAAUUACCUAUGAUUUGGAAAAUCUAAUUGCUGUGGUUGGGUUUUCGUAUUCCCAUAUAACAUCUAGGGAAGUCAUUUCAACUCAUGUUUUGUUCAGUAAUACUAAAAACAAAUGUUUUCAGUGAAGAAAUAAUUAAAAGUAUUGGUACA